ACAAUGAAUCAUUUGAAUACCUGUUUGGCCAAUGCAGCAAUUUGCAAUGGGUCUUCCUGUGUGCUACCUGAAAGCAAUUCCAACUAUAUUCUAAGUGUAGUUCUAAGUACUGUCCUUACCAUUUUGCUGGCCAUGGUGAUGUUCUCCAUGGGCUGCAAUGUAGAAGUCAAGAAAUUCCUAGCUCACUUAAGGCGGCCAUGGGGCAUAUUUGUUGGCUUCCUCUGUCAGUUUGGCAUCAUGCCCCUCACUGGCUUCAUCCUGUCAGUAGCCUUCGACAUCCUCCCCAUCCAGGCUGUGGUAGUGCUUAUCAUAGGAUGCUGCCCCGGAGGCACUUCUUCCAACAUCUUGGCAUAUUGGGUCGACGGUGACAUGGACUUGAGCGUCAGCAUGACCACAUGCUCCACACUGCUUGCCCUGGGGAUGAUGCCACUGUGUCUCUUUAUCUAUACCAAAAUGUGGGCCGAUGCUGGGACGAUUAUAAUUCCCUAUGAUAGCAUAGGUAUUUCUUUGGUGGCUCUAGUUGUUCCUGUUUCCUUUGGGAUGUUGGUUAAUCACAAGUGGCCUCAAAAAGCCAAGAUAAUUCUUAAGAUUGGUUCCAUCACGGGGAUCAUCCUCAUUGUGCUCAUAGCUGUGGUUGGAGGAAUACUGUACCAAGGUUCUUGGGUCAUCAGUCCCAAACUGUGGAUUAUAGGAACAAUAUUUCCUAUAGCCGGCUACUCCCUGGGGUUUAUUCUGGCUAGAAUAGCUGGUCAGCCUUGGCACAGGUGUCGGACAGUUGCUUUGGAAACAGGGAUGCAGAAUACACAGCUGUGUUCCACGAUUGUACAGCUCUCCUUCACUCCUGAACAGCUCACUCACAUGUUCACCUUCCCGCUCAUCUACAGCGUUUUCCAGCUGGCCUUUGGAGCGCUAUUCUUAGGCUUUUACAUAGCAUACAAGAAAUGUUAUGGGAAAAACAAUGCAGAAUUGCCAGAGAUCGAAGACAGCAAAACAACAUCGGAGUCAUCACUCUAUAAGAUGAAUGGAGGGUUUCAACCAGAUGAGAAAUAG